AUGUCCUCUAAGCUGGUUGAGGCUGACCACAAGACCCAGGCCCUACAGACAGCUCUUGAAACAACUCAGACAGAGCUCUUCGAUCUGAAGACCAAGUAUGACGAGGACUGCACAGCCAAGGCCGAUGAGAUUGAAAUGGUGAUGACAGAUCUGGAGAGAGCCAAUCAGAGGGCGGAGGCAGCACAGAGGGAGGCGGACACUCUGAGGGAGCAGCUGACCUCUUCUAACCAAUCCCUGCAGGUGACUACCCAGAUCCAGACCACCCCAGACAUGGACCAGGCAGUGGAGGUGGUGUCCCGCUCCAGUCUGGAGGCAGAGCUGGGGGCCAAGGACAGAGACAUGGUUAAGCUGGUGGAAGAUGUCCAGAGACUGCAGGCCAGCCUUUCUAAACUCAGAGAGAGCUCCACGACACAGAUCAGACACAGCUUCAACUACAGUUGAGCACCAAGACUGCCACCUUCAAGCAACUGGAGCAAAAGCUGCAGGAACAGGCUGACUAUGAGGAGGUGAAGAAAGAGCUCAGCAUCCUCAAGUCUAUGGAGUUUGGCCCAUCGGACAGCUCAGUGCAGGCGAUGUCUAAACCCCUGGAAUUGUUGUUGUUGGAGAAGAACCGUAGUCUGCAGUCUGAGAGUUUCUCUCUGCGCAUCGCAAACACUGAGCUGAGCGGACGCUAUGCAGACCUGCAGCUGGAGUUCUCGUCUGCGGUCCGGACCAACGCCGAGCAGAAGGAGCUCAUCCUCAAACUGGAACACGACCUGAGCACCAUCCAGACCAUGUCCUCCCUGUCACGCCCUGAUGCUGAGGGGGCUGACCUGGCUAGCAUGAUUGACACCAUCCCUGAGCCAAUCAAAGAGGCCACUGCCAUGUUUGCAGGCCUAGGCGUGGCCCCCCAGGGGAAGCUGCCUCAAGGCCAGAUGGACUCUCUCCCCUCCAUCAUCUCCAGCCAGAGAGAGAGAGGUUCCGCUCCCGCAACCAGGAGCUGGAAGCUGAGAGUCGUUCCAUGCAGGUGACCAUGCAGGCCCUGCAGAGUGAGCUGUACAGCCUGCGUGCAGACAACAUCAAACUCUACGAGAAGAUCAAGUUCCUCCAGAGCUACCCUGGCAGAGCUGGAGGCAGUGAUGACACGGUUACAGUGCGUUACUCCUCUCAGACAACCUGUGAUUGGCUAAUGGGGCUUUCAAGACAACUGGGGAUUAGGGGGGGGGACUAGGGGGGGGGACUAGGUCAAAUCAUGGCAUCAGUGAUCUUCAGGUCAGAAAGUCAGGUAUAUCAUGUAUAUUUGUUAAGGGAUUAAAUAUUACAAGACAAUUUAAGAGAUGUUGGUUAAAGAUAAAGUUCUAUCCUUGGCUCCAUGUUGUUUUCUUAGUGGGGUGGCCAGGCAGGGACGUUGUUUCGAGUCAGAUGA